CGCCCAGGCCUCGGCGAUCGAUGAAGGCGGGGCAACUUGGCGGUGUAGUCGAGGCGGCGGGGUGAGAGGCGAAUAGAUUGCGCUGUGUGCAUCAAGGUGCUACAGGAAAGCACAGCCUUGUAAAAAGAUGUUGAAAGAAAGCAGGAGAUGACAAAGAAGUACAGAAGUUUGAAGGCGAGCAUGGGAAAGUCGAAGUGAGAGAAAGAACGAGGCAACAAUCACAUGGCAACCCAAGCCACAUUUAAGACGUCAUGAAGGUUCAGUGGCUGAGUGAAGACCGUCCACCUUCCUGUCUUAAGGUAUCGACCACGUUUUCCUAGCUCUCUCAUCUUCACUACUCCCUUCGAUUUUGCACUCUGCACUACAUCAAGACCUGCUUCAUCAGAUCUACCAAGCUCCAGAUCCGGAUUUAUCGAACAUCUGACAAACAUGGCCGACUACGCUCCCCCUCCGGGACCUCCUCCACCUCACGUUCCUGAAGGAUGGAAGGCUCAGUGGAACGACCAAUACAAGGAAUGGUUCUUCGUGAACCUGUACACCAAGCAAUCGCAAUGGGAGAAGCCCACCGAGCCUGCCUACCCUUCCUCUGGCGGUGCUCCUCCCGGCGCACCUCCCGGCUACGAUUCAAACCGCACCCAGUACACCGGUCCUGAGAAGGGCAACUACGCUUCGAAUAACCCCUACGGCUCAUCCGGCAUCAAUUCGGGCGCUGGAUCCGCGCACAACAUCAACGACGACGAGGCCCUCGCUCGCAAGCUUCAAGCCGAGGAGGAAGCUCGCGCCCAUCAAUCCGGUCAGACCGGAGCACGCACUGGCGCAUCAGACAACUACUACAGCUCUUCAACUCCCCAGCCUCAGUCUCAGCCCCAGUACUCGAACGAGCUACCGCCCCGCGAACAAGACCGUGGUAAGAGCAAGAGAGGUUUCUUGGGUAAACUCCUUGGAAAAGCCUCCAGCUCGAGCUCGCGCCCCAAUCAGGGCUAUGGACAGCAAGGCUACCCUCAAGGCGGCAUGGGUAUGGGCGGUGGUGGCUACGGCAUGCCGCAACAGCACUACGGAGGAUACCCUCAGCAAGGCUACGGUGGCUACCCACCUCAGCAGCAAUACUAUGGACAACCGCAGCGUAAGACCGGCGGUGGUCUUGGAGGUGGUGCUGGUAUGGCCUUGGGUGCCGGUGCCGGUCUGCUCGGUGGUGCUAUGCUGAUGAACGGUAUCGACAAUGCCGAGGAUCAUGCCUACGAGCAGGGCUAUGAUCAAGGUUAUGACAACGGCAAUGAUGGCGGCGGCGGUGACGACUUUGGUGGUGGUGACGAUAUGGGCGGCGGUGACUUCUAGUCCCGCUCGUUGCUCACUAAUCGCUCCUAGUUUGAUCGGACUGCACCAAAAACGAUUGACACGAACAACUUUCACGAUUCGAUCACUGAACUGGCGGGUUUUGUGUUACAUGGUUUCCCUAAUAAUGCCCUUCUUGCCUCUACUUUUACAUAGUAAAUACUGAAUGCUUCAUGACCACUUCUGACAUUACCUCCCUGCGUCAGCGUGAAACAAUAUCUGCAGCUUCCUUAACUCCAGCAUCCUCACCCUUGCUCGCUCUUUCCAAAGUCAUGGCAACAAUGACUGCAGCUCCGAUGCCAGAACCAUCUUCUGCACUCGUCAAGACGAUCGGAUCUUCUGUCCUACCGUCUUGCCAGUCCAAUAUCUCACCCAG